GCUCCUUAGACUAUAUUGGACUGUGGGCAGCAGAUACAUUGAAAGCGAUCUUGCCACACCUAAACACAUACAGCAUGACUGAUCUCACGUUCUGCUACUUGCAUAUGUCACGCCAUGACAUCGAGGUGUUAGACACCAUCGGUACACCAGACUAUCUCAACGGCGACUUGUCCAUAGAGGACGUCGAUGUGGCCCCACACCUGAAACCCCCCAAUCCCGAGGAAUCGGAAGUACUUCCUUCUCAAGUGCAUCCGUCUUACCCGUAUGGCAACCCGUUGAGUAUCAAACACCCGGCCGCGCUACCCCGCCGGCCAUACGAUCCCGCUUCGCGUGCUCUCUUUGAAGACAUGGGUUACGGAGGCGGUGGAGUGAACGGCUCCAUUCGCUGGAAAGACCUCGCGCUCGACCUCUUGUUCCCGGUCGAUCAGGCGCGGGAGGAGGCAGAGAAGGCCGCGCAAGCUCGCCAAAUGGCGAACGGGACGACGUCAAAUCACCCGCCGGUCCCACCACAGCCGGCGCAGAACCAAGCGGUGGAGGAAGACGAAGAUGAAAAUGAUGAAAAUGAUGUAGACGACGAAGAGCAGGGUGAGGGCGAUGACGAAGAGGGAUUGGAGGGCGAAUCGAGUUAUGAGGAUGAUGAAGAAUGA